UCGCUACCGUUUGGCCGAGCCUUACGGCCGCUCAGCCACCGCUGCGGAACAGUUGCAGCUAAAAAUCGACGAGCGCUCCGGAGAGAUCACCCUUGCGGAAUCACCUGAUCGUGAGCUGCUGAUCUGGGCGCCUGAUCAGUCGGCGAUCCCAUUCACAGUCACCGCUUCGGAUGGCCGCCUAACCGCGCAACACUCUGGCCAAAUCACCAUCGUGGAUCGUAACGAUAACGCGCCGAGAUUUUUGGCUACAGCAGACCACAGCAACCACCACCACAAUACGGUGCAGCUCAAAAUCUGGGCGCCAACAACGCCUCUGGGUGGGCAGUUGGCCAGAUUGGACGCCGAGGACGCGGAUUCUGGGUGGAAUGCCCAAAUUCGCUACGAGACCGAUAGCGAAUUCUUUUGGAUUGAUCCGGAAACCGGCGUGUUGAGCUAUCAGAAGCGUUUACCGGAAGGCACCGAUCAGCUGCAGUUCCAUGUCACGGCCACGGAUGGUGGACAGCCCCCGCUAAGCACUCAGCUGAGGGUGUUGGUCGAUGUGGAACACGAGGAACAGGCUUGUGUGCGAUGGCUCGCUGGAUCGAUUCCUGCCUGGGCCUUAAGCCUUUGUAAAAUGUUUUGCGCUAAUUUUUUCGAACCUGAUUUCAGGUUCAUGACUUUCCGGCCAGGUUUAUCUACUCCGUUUCGGAAGAUACGCGUCCUGGCACUAUAA